AUGCCAUUAUCGGUAGCUGAGAAAAGCUCGCCGGGAACGGAAACAGUACGCGAUAAAAAUUUCAAUUCAAAUUCGCAUUGGAACGGAGUAAAUAUUUAGCUUUUAGUGUGCAAGAUGAAGUGCAGUCAAGUGGUUGUGGUGACAAUCAUUAGCUUAUUUGGCUGGCAAGUUUCGGCCAAAUAUGAUCAUCAAGAUUAUAUAGAUCUCCUUGAGCUAAGUGAUAACGAUGAAUUCCAAUGGGGUGCGGAAGAGAAUGGGGCACAUGAAAAAAAUGGAAAUCAAAGUGAAGGAACUGCUACUAGUAAUUUCCUAACACGUCAUCAUUUGGAAAAGAGGCAGGCAAUCAGUUCAAAUGGUAAUCAAAUGCUGGAAAACAAGGAUUAUGGAGCCUGUCGCACUCCUUUGGGGGCAUCUGGCCGCUGUCGUCACAUCAUUUACUGCCGCAUGCCCGAACUAAAGGAUGAUGUAUGGCGUCUUGUGUCACAGCUUUGCAUAAUUGAAAAGAGUUCCAUUGGCAUUUGUUGCACAGAACAAGUCAGCAGUUCGCGGUUUAGUCCCCAGUUUGUCAAUGAGGAUACACCCAACAUUGCUCAAAAUCCUCCUGAGCAACGGGGCUGUGGCAUAACGACCCGCCAAUAUCCACGUAUCACUGGCGGAAGGCCCGCCGAGCCGGAUGAAUGGCCCUGGAUGGCCGCUCUUUUACGUGAAGGUUUGCCAUAUGUUUGGUGCGGCGGUGUUCUAAUCACAGAUCGUCAUGUCCUUACCGCUGCCCAUUGCCUGCACAAGCUGACCAAGGAGGAGAUAUUCGUGCGACUAGGCGAAUAUAACACACAUCAGCUUAACGAGACGAGGGCCAGGGAUUUCCGUAUUAGCAAUAUGGUAACCCAUAUCGAUUAUGAUCCAUUGACAUUUAGCAAUGACAUCGGCUUGAUACGGAUUGAGAGGGCCACUCUCUUCAAUACUUAUAUAUGGCCUGUUUGUAUGCCGCCACUGAACGAAGAUUGGUCGGGAAGAAAUGGCAUAGUAACAGGAUGGGGAACUCAGAAAUUCGGUGGACCACAUUCAAGCAUUUUAAUGGAGGUCAGUUUACCCAUAUGGAAACAAACGGACUGUAAGGCUGUCAUGGUUGAACGUAUACAGGAUAGUGUACUCUGUGCCGGACAACCAGAGGGCGGUCAGGAUUCUUGCCAAGGCGAUAGUGGCGGCCCCUUGCUCGUUCAAUUGCCCAAUCAGCGUUGGGUCACCAUUGGCAUUGUAUCGUGGGGUGUUCGCUGUGGCGAACCUCGACGUCCGGGUAUAUAUACCCGCGUCGACAAAUACCUGGAAUGGAUCAUAGCGAAUGCCGAUAUAUAGGAAACGACGUUUUCUUUUUUACACUCAAAAUUUUACUCAGCAUUCGAACAAAACAAAAUGCCUUUUGCUAAAUAUAAAAUAUAUAUACACGCAACAUAUAUAUAUAUAUAUAUCUCAUAUAUAUACCCCAACGAUUCCCCCAUGAUAAACAUUAAAGUAACACUAAGGCGCGGCUGCAGCGGAAAUUUUCUCACGUCGCGGAAUCGGUGCCGCGUCCUCUGAUGUCUCCUCAUUUGUAUCGUCUUCAAAAGCUAUUUGGUAGACAUCCUCAUAAUUGGUUGCAAAAUGAACCUCUAGGCCUUCGGUUAUAAAGUCUGGUAGCUCAUCAAAAUCUUUUUUAUUGUCAUUAGGAAGAAUUAGACAGGUUACUCCGCUGCGUCGUGCCUGUAAAGUGGGAAGAAACAUUUAAAAAAAGAUUCAGUCGGCAUAAGCACAUCAACUUACUGCAAUGGCCUUCUCCUUAAUACCGCCGACAGUCAAGACUUUGCCCUUAAGGGAAAUCUCGCCAGUCAUGGCUAUAUCUUGACGCACCGGCUUGUUUAGGGCCAAGGAAACUAAGGCUGUGAUUAUUGUAACGCCAGCACUGGGUCCAUCUUUAGGGGUUGCGCCUUCUGGCACAUGCAAAUGAAUGUGUCUAUGUGAAAAUGAGAGAGAUUUGAGCAAUAAAUAUUAUUUCUUCUAAUGCA